AAGGAGCUGUGGUACGAAACGGAGCACGCUGCAUCUUUGGCCUAUGCCAUCAAUCUUUCCAACGCAAACACAGCCAGCGGCCCAGUCUAUAAAUCAUAAUCAACCGAAAAUGUCGGUAACAAAAGUCUGGCGCUGAACCUGGAAGAGUUUUUCCGGCUAUCGUUGUGCUUAUCUCUUCCCAAGGAGAGACCCACCGCCCAUUAUCCAACCCUACUACUUGCUUUUGUCUCCACUCUCAGUCUCCUCUCCAAAUCUCCAACCCUACUUGUUCCAGAAAAGAAAAAGAACUAUCCAUCCCGCUGUGAGCCAAGCCAGCCCAGCUCCGGCGACUGGCAGAUGUUUCAGGGUCCCCGUCCGUUUGCCGCAGGUUCCCUGAUAUCGGUGGCCAGCAGCCGACUUUGUGGUUAGUCCAUUCUCUUCCGGCGGGAUACGUUGCGGACCACUUCGCUCAGCUGCUCGCGACGGCGGCUUGUACCCUGAUUUGGGUGGGGAGGAUGCCUGAUAUCCAGCUGGGAUGCCACACUAUAAGGUCCCAUGGUACCAAAGUGGCAACAUUACACAUGUAUGACUGGAUUAUACUUUUAUGUCUUGCUGUACUUGAUGGACUGUUAAACAUAAUCGAGCCCUUUCACCGCUUUGUUGGACGCGACAUGAUGACCGACUUGAGUUAUCCCCUCAAGGGCAACACAAUCCCAUUUUGGGCUGUUCCAGUAUGUUCUGCUCUGCUGAUUGCGAUCGUGCUACCCUUGGUUAUCUUUGCUGUCAUUUACUUCAAAAAGAAAAAUGUCUAUGAUUUACACCACGGCAUACUAGGUAUCUUGUAUUCAGUGCUUAUAACUGCUGUGAUCACUGAUGCAAUUAAGGAUGGUGUUGGUCGCCCUCGGCCAGAUUUCUUUUGGCGUUGUUUUCCUGAUGGCAAACCUAAUUUUAAUAAUAUAACCACCGAUGUGAUAUGCCAUGGAGAAAAGAGUGUCAUCAAGGAAGGUCAUAAGAGUUUCCCAAGUGGGCAUUCUUCAUGGUCUUUCGCUGGUCUAGGUUUUCUUGCAUGGUACUUGGCUGGAAAACUUAAAGCUUUUGAUCGCAAGGGUCACAUUGCAAAACUGUGCUUAGUUUUUCUGCCUCUACUUGUCGCGUCACUUGUGGCUGUUUCUCGAGUUGAUGAUUACUGGCAUCACUGGCAAGAUGUCUUUGCCGGCGGCAUCAUAGGUCUUACAGUUGCUUCAUUCUGUUACCUGCAGUUCUUCCCAUAUCCCUUUGACAAUGAUGCCCUAUGGCCACACGCAUACUUCCAACAGCUAGCUGAGACACACAGUAAUGGUAAUGCAAACUCAAUCAACAUAAGACCUACAGAGUUUGAAGAUGAACCAGAUGACCAUGGUGACAUUGUCCUGAGGGACACCAGCCCUAUCUUGGAGUCAAUGGAGUCUGGCAGGAGACCAUGAAGAAGCAUGCCACUGGGUUUGUCCAAGGUGCCCUGAAGCGUGAUGAGUUUUGUGGUUUCAUCAUGUAGCCGUCCAACGUAAAAACAGUAUGGAGGUAUAUCUACCACCACCUGAUGAUUUGAUGAACCACAGACUGUCGUGGUUAGCUGUAAAUGACAGCGAAUGUUUAUGUUUCUAGUGACAAUGUGAAUAUUUGGUUUUGCACGGCUGUGAUAUGGAAAGUUUGUUUCGAGGUUA